AAAAAGAGGCCGCGUGCGCAGAGUGAGCACCUGCAGCCUCCCUGCCCCUCCCGCAACGCUCGACCCCAGGAUUCCCCCGGCUCUCCUGCCCACCAUGGCCGACAAGGAAGCAGCCUUCGACGACACAGUGGAAGAACGAGUGAUCAACGAGGAAUACAAAAUAUGGAAAAAGAACACCCCUUUUCUUUAUGAUUUGGUGAUGACCCAUGCUCUGGAGUGGCCCAGCCUAACUGCCCAGUGGCUUCCAGAUGUAACCAGACCAGAAGGGAAAGAUUUCAGCAUUCAUCGCCUUGUCCUGGGGACACACACAUCGGAUGAACAAAACCAUUUUGUUAUAGCCAGUGUGCAACUCCCUGAUGAUGAUGCUCAGUUUGAUGCAUCACACUACGACAGUGAGAAAGGAGAAUUUGGAGGUUUUGGUUCAGUUAGUGGAAAAAUUGAAAUAGAAAUCAAGAUCAACCAUGAAGGAGAAGUAAACAGGGCCCGUUAUAUGCCCCAGAACCCUUGUAUCAUCGCUACAAAGACUCCUUCCAGUGAUGUUCUUGUCUUUGACUAUACAAAACAUCCUUCUAAACCAGAUCCUUCUGGAGAAUGCAACCCAGACUUGCGUCUCCGUGGACAUCAGAAGGAAGGCUAUGGGCUUUCUUGGAACCUAAAUCUCAGUGGGCACUUACUUAGUGCUUCAGAUGACCGGGACAUCAGUGCCGUUCCAAAGGAGGGAAAAGUGGUAGAUGCGAAGACCAUCUUUUUUUUUUUUUUUUAUUAUGUAGAAGAUGUUUCCUGGCAUCUACUUCGUGAGUCUCUGUUUGUGUCAGUUGCUGAUGAUCAGAAACUUAUGAUUUGGGAUACUCGUUCAAACGAUACUUCCAAACCAAGCCACUCAGUUGACACUCACACUGCUGAAGUGAACUGCCUUUCUUUCAAUCCUUACAGUGAGUUCAUUCUUGCCACAGGAUCAGCUGACAAGACUGUUGCCUUGUGGGAUCUGAGAAAUCUGAAACUUAAGUUGCAUUCCUUUGAGUCACAUAAGGAUGAAAUAGUCCAGGUUCAGUGGUCACCUCACAAUGAGACUAUUUUAGCUUCCAGUGGUACUGAUCGCAGACUGAAUGUCUGGGAUUUAAGUAAAAUUGGAGAGGAACAAUCCCCAGAAAAUGCAGAAGAUGGGCCACCAGAGUUGUUGUUUAUUCAUGGUGGUCACACUGUCAAGAUAUCUGAUUUCUCCUGGAAUCCCAGUGAACCUUGGGUGAUUUGUUCUGUAUCAGAAGACAAUAUCAUGCAAGUGUGGCAAAUGGCAGAGAACAUUUAUAAUGAUGAAGACCCUGAAGGAAGCAUGGAUCCAGAAGGACAAGGGUCCUAGAUAUGUCUUUACUUCUUGUGAUUUUAGACUCCGCUUUUUUCUUCUCAACCCUGAGAGUGAUUUAACACUGGUUUUGAGGCAGACUUUAUUCAGCUAUCCCUCUAUAUAAUAGGUACCACCGAUAAUGCUAUUGGCCCAAACAGUGGGUGUUUUCUAAAUAUUAAUGGGGGGGCUUGAUUCAACAAAGCUACAGACUUACGUUGAAAUUUUCUUCAGGAAUUUUCGAGUAACCCAGGUCUAAAGUAGCUACAGAAAGGGGAAUAUUAUGUGUGAUUAUUUUUUUUCUUAUGCUAUAUCCCCAAGUUUUUCAGACUCAUUUAAGUGAAGGCUAGAGUGAGUAAGGAAUAGAGCCAAAUGAGGUAGAUGUCUGAGCUAUGAAGUAUAAAUACUGAAAGACGUCAUUUUAUUCAGGAAAUAGGGGAGAUUCAAGUCAUAUAGAUUCCUACUCGAAAAUCUUGACACCUGACUUUCCAGGAUGCACAUUUUCAUACAUAGACCAGUUUCCUCUUGGUUUCUUCAGUUAAGUCAAAUCAACACAUUCCUCUUUCCCCAUAUAUUCAUAUAUUUUUGCUCAUUAGUAUAGUUCUUGAGAGGUUUUCAUGCUGUUUAUUUCCUGUCUGUGAAAUGGUGUUUUUUUUUGUUGGUGUUUUGUUUUUUUUUUUAACUUGGGACCACCAAGUUGUAAAGAUGUAUGUUUUUACCUGACAGUUAUACCACAGGUAGACUGUCAAGUUGAGAAGAGUGAAUCAGGAACUUGUGUUUGUUUUAAAAAUUAAUCCUUGAUAAGAGUUGCUUUUUUUUUAGGAGUUAGUCCUUGACCACUAGUUUGAUGCCAUCUCCAUUUUGGGCGACCUGUUUCACCAGCAGGCCUGUUACUCUCCAUGACUAACUGUGUAAGUGCUUAAAAUGGAAUAAAUUGCUUUUCUACAUAAAAAAAA